UGGCGUCCGUUGUUAUUGUUCGUACCGAAUAACUAUUUGUAAAAUAUAUACUAUUCUUUUAGCGAUUUUUCUAAUGGACUAUUAUAUUGAUGCGAUGCUUUAACUUCCCAUGAUUCGGCGCGACACGUUUUAUGUACGUUUUAAUGUGUUUUGAGUGUUUUUUUCAUAUUCUAUGUGUGUCAUGCAAAUGGGGUAAGCUGGAAUUAUCGGAUGUCGCUUAGGUUGUUUUGGAUAGUUUCAAUAAGAAAAUGGAGUGAAGUUCUGUGACCUACAGUGUGAAAAUGAAACCUCCGUAAAGUAAAUUAAUUACCGCGUUAAGUUUAGAUCGAAGCAAGAGACGGGAACGGCUGUAAUUUACUAAUGUUCCAUGCCGUGACUGCACUCCCCGUACAUUUCAAAAUGGCUGCUGCUCUUCACGAUAUAUGAGCUUUGCGUCACUGAAAUAUAAAUCUGUGGUUUUGAUUCGUGAAGAAAUUCGAGUGUUACAUGUCGAGUGAUUCCAUGUGAAAACUCGAAAUUAUUCAAAGGACAGUGCCCCGGGAGAACCUGGGGCGGGACAAUAGUGGCAUAUCAUAUGUUUUGGCUGUAGUGGACACUGAGUGACCAUAGGACCGAUAUUGCCUUGCGUCCGAGCCGGACUGUAAUGUUGCGCUUGAUUUUACAGGAUGAUUUGGAACACAAGACAAUAGAACUUGUGUGUUAUUGAGCGGAAUGUGACAUUGUAUGAUAGUAUGGCAGCGGAUAGCGAUGGGCUAGGCUCGGCGGGCGGUGGCUCGUGCGGCGUGGUGGUGACAUGUGAGGGUGAUCUGCGUGAUCCGAGGUUUCCCGCGCGACUCCGCCGCCUGUUGCGCGAGCUACGCGCCUUACUCGCCGAGCCGCAUCCGCACACGCUCAAAGUUAACAAGGUGGAGCCUUGGAACUCUGUGCGCGUGACUUUGUCGGUGCCGCGGGCGGCGGCGGCGCGAUUGCGGGCGCUGGCCGCCGCGGGGGCGCCGCAACUGCGUGCGCUCGGCAUCCUCUCAGUGCAGCUGGACGGCGACGCGGCCGUGUCGCUGCGGCUCCAGCAUGGUGCCGAGCUACGUAUCAAUACUGAUGCUGAUGAAGCGAGCACAUCACGAUCACAAUCGAAUGAGCUGCUGGCCGGCUUGGGCGGUAUCGGUCGACUGAUAGCCGACGAGGGCGCAUCCACCAGCUCGGAACCCCCUCAGAAUAACUUUAAAUCGCCGAAUACAGUGUGUCCAAUGGAUGGCAAAAUACCGCAGAACAUUCCCACCCCAACCACAGACCGCUGUGAAUUCCCUUUUGGCAGUAUGACUCAAGCGAGGGUUAUACAUCGGAAGGAGAAUACCUUAGGGAUAGGUGGCUGCGCCAAUACGCUCAGACCUGGUACAGCGGAGCAAUUCGCGCGGCCGUCAACAUCUUUUACUGCUCCCCCACCGCCCUACCCCGCGCCCCCAGCGACCCCUACGACGCCGACUCCAUCGUCGGCUCCUACGGUGGCCAUGUCGUCGCCCCUGCUAGUGAACCUAUUGCAGAAUGACGCGCCAGCGCCUCAACCGAGGCCGAAACCAGUGCCUCAUCCUGCGAAACUUGAUCGGCUGGAGGACUCUCAGGUGGAACUAGCAGUCGGUCGCGCGCCUUUCGAAUACCGUGGAGGCCGAGCUACCACUCCUCGACCAACAGUACCAAGUCCGGCUCCUCCCGCUCCUCGGCCUGCUCCCCGGCCGGCGGCAUUCAUUCGUCGCGCUUUUCCCCCUCGUCCCCCACCGUCGCCGACACCAUACCGCGCACCAGUGCCCAAUGCAACUGUUGUAGGGCGAGCGAGGUUUCCUUCACCCUCCUAUAGUACAGAAACCUUCCCAGCUCCACCUCCGCCGCCUUAUAGGCAACAGGCCGUGCCCAGACCAAGGCAGUUGCAGCCGAGGGUAACGCCAGAAGACCUUCAAGCGUUGCUACCACCUCCUACUACUUCGAUGGACCAGAAAACUCAAUCUAGUUUUCAGGAAUUCCAGAGGUACCAACAACAGUACAACGCAAGGCAACGUGCCGCCUCUCGUGCAGCUUCACAGCCGGACUGGAAUGAGCCCUAUCGGGACACGUUGGGUUUAUCGAUCCCUGAUCUCCCAGACAACUGUGACCUCGAUCAGCUGUUACCGACCCUGGGCGGGGACCUCAACCUCGACGAUACAACCUUAUCGGCCAUUUCGGAUCUCGAUGCCAACACGAAACUAGAUCUACUCUACGAUACUCCACAGGAAUCAAUGCCUAACACCACAGAGUCAACUCCAGACUCUCUCCUUCAAGAAAUCACCGGUGUUCAAUACCCGACCGGUCCGACUUUAAAUGGGCCUUAUAAUCCUGAAAUGGCUCCUACCACGAGUCAAACAAACGUGAAUAGUGAUGUGCCUUCUAAAUCCGCGGAAUCGUUCGACGCGAAUUCGGAGACGGCAUUUAUGCCGCCGCCACCCGUGCCUCCGCAGUCGACUUCCAAAUUCCAUGUAAAUUCCCCAAACCAUACGAUAGUUAAUACGCAACAUACGCCUUUUAAGUCGCCUCCUCCUAAUGCUGCGUAUUCGGCGUCGCCAAGCAGCAUGAAUUCCGACAGAAUGACGGACAGGAGCACAAAUCAGUCGUCAUCGAUGCCGCCGCCAAUGAGACUUCCAAUUAGAGCUAUGACAUCAGUGUCUACGGCUACUGUUGGCUCUCAGGCGACAGCCCAGGAAAUUGAGGAGCAAAGUAAGCAGUACCUGAUCAAAACUCUUAUGAGAGAUGACGAUACUCCACCCCCUAAAGAGCAAGAAAAGAAAGCUGAAGAAGUAACAGUUGCACAGUGUAAGGUUAAAGAAAAUCCAACUGAAACGGCACCAGAAAUAUUCGGCAUUGCAAAAGUUAUAGAAGAUGAUAGUAAAAGGGAAGAUGAUCUCAAAACUAAAAACAAGAUCAUUAAGAAAGAAAAAGAUGAAAAAUUGCUGGCACAGAAAGGAGGCAAGCCAAGAACGGGCGGCGCAAAAGAAAAGCCUGCUACAUUAAAAGACAAAAUUGUAAGGGAUGGAAAAUCUACCAAAGUUGCCUUACCGCGGCCUCAUGUCGCAAAACCUGCUACUCCUUUGACUGAAGCACCGAAAUCGCCUUCUGGAGAAAAGGAGUCAAUAAAAUUAAGGUUAAAGCUUGAUAAGAACGAACCUAUAGUUCAGCCUGUUUAUAAGGCUGAUGUUAGUUUUGUCAACCAACAAUUGAAAGGUGAAAAACCCAUAGAAGGUGAGCUUAGGGUACCGCCUUUACAUAUCAGCCUUAGAGGUCGAAAUUCAGCAGUAAUAAAGAACUCCAAAAAGGAAAAGAAAAAGUUUGGCCCAGGAGACCUUCACUCGAAGAAGAUUAAAAUAAGAAAAUCUCUGGAAUCCGAUGAAAAGUCUCACAGGCGAGACGCCGAUGAGUCGUUAGCUUCAAAGUCGGGAGAAAGCACUGAAAACUCAAAGACUGAUGAGUAUUUACAUGUUAAAAACAUUAAAUUGAACAAUCAUUACGAGGGGGAGGCUAUCAAAACUGAGAUCGCAGGUGAUCACAAUGUCGUGUACAGAAUGAAGACAUUGUCGAAGAAUGCUCACAUAGUGACAAAGUCAUGCGAUUACAAGGUCUUCAACAACAAGGGACAGUCAUUAGAUAGUUUGAAAAUGAAAAAGAAGUCCAAAAUGCUGAGUGAAAGUGGGAAAUCGACAGAGAAGGAAAGGGACAAAGAAUGGAGGAAUGACUUGUUAGAUAAGGAGGGGAAAUAUGCCCAGAAUGAGGGCUACAGAGAGACACCAAACAAUCAUGAUGUGAAAAAGAAGUUACCAACGUCAAAAGUUGAGAAGGAUGGUGCAAAAUGUGAUAACUUAAAGUCCAGUGAGGUGAAGGCAGUGUUGGACACUGAAUACAGUGAAGUGAAAUCUGGUGCUAGUGAUUUGGACAACAGGUUAUUAAAGUGUCAUAAGAAUAUUGAACGGACGCUCAGUGUUGACGAAGAGAAGUUUGAUUGUGACGAGAAUAAAUUGAAAAGGACACUCACUGAUAGUGCGAUAACAUCACCCAAUGGACUGAUCUCUUCAGAGAAGAAGAGGAAGACCAGCCAUAGUUCCUGUCCAGAUCCCCCUGGUUCGACAAACAUAGGCACAAUAGGCGGCAGUCGCGUCGACUCGCCGCCACCCGCCGCUAGUCAGCGCUCGGGAGCUCUCUCCCCGCGCCGCAAAGAGAGGCCCAAGGAUAAGACUUACUGCAAACUUGUGGCCGAGAGGACGGCUCGACCGGACGCCGACAAGUUCGGUAAUAGUAGGUCGCCCAAUUCACAAGCCCAAGGCGAAGACUCUGGGAUUGAAUCUAUGGAUGCACUCUCAGAGAAAUCUCCUAAUCAAGCCAGUCAAUCUCCACCCGGUCCUCAAAGAAAAGAACGCCUAGACAUGCCUAGAUCGACCAGCCCGACGUCAGUGCAAAGGAUAAUAGGUGUAAUAGAUCCACCGCCAGCGUCGGACGAGCUUCUAGAGAGGUUGUCACUAGCGACGGGGCAACCGCAUUACGAUCCCGUACCGCCCGAUAUAGAUGAUAUGGGCGAUAUCGAGGCGGAACUGGCGAAAAUGCAUGCAGACCAUAUAAACGGAGACGACGCGCCAAGAAGGCCGCCCGAAGAAACGACACAAACCAAAGAAGUGAAAAGAGAAGCUACUCCUAUUCUCAGGGACGAGGACAAAUCUACGCCGAGCAUAAAUAGAGGAGAUUGUAAGAGUGAAUUGAAAACAGAGGUGACAACAAAUGAUACCGAAAUAAAACUCGAUUCUAAUAUUGCUCAAAAGGACGAAUCACGUAAAGAAGAAACGAUUGUAUCGCCGAAAAAAGAGAAAGGCAUGGACGACUUUGAUCACUUACCGAGCAGAGUCUCCCCGCCUUUAUACACGUACUCAAACCAGGAAAAAGUUUGUGCGAACGAUUCUUUGGAUUCAGAAGAAAACAAGUGUGUCGUUUCAGAAAAUGGCGAACCAAAAGAUAAUGGGACAGAAAUGAAGGAAAAGCAAGAACCGAAGAUGGAAAGGUUACCGCUUAAGGCUGAUUUUCCAGAUAAGAGCUUAUUAGAACAAUUACUAAUAGAAAUUCCUACACCGGAUUAUGUUGGUAAGAGGCCGGAGUCGCCGUCUCCUUCGACUUUGGAGAGAGUCGCUCGAAGUAGUGUCCGGACGAGGUCGAGUAGUAAAAUGAACAGUCCUGCAGACGGACCCAAAACGCCACGGCUAAGUCCAGGAAUUAGCAAACUCGAGCGGUCCGAUUCGCCCGCUUUGCAACCAAGAAAUUGUCUUAGAAGUGGUUCAGUAGAUAAGACGAGUCCGCGAACGGUAAAUGCAAUGGUAGCAGCAGCCAAACCAGUGCCUGGUGGGAAACGGAAAAGACGGGAGUCGGAGAGCUCCUGUGCAUCGACCAUCAGCUGUGAAGAAGGCAUCUCUCCGGGUCGGCCCAAGAAAAAACCGAGACGCAUCGACCAGAAAAUGGUGAAUCCGGUUGUGGCGAUCGAUGGCAAAGUUAAAAAAGAGUCUGAUAGUGAUAGCGAUGAACCAUUAAUAUGCAAGGUUCGGGGGAAGGGAGUAAAAGCAGUAAAGCCUGGGGUGAAAGUACCAAAAGGAGCGGAAGGUGUGGGGACUAGACGGUCAGUGCGGCACGGUCCGACGCCCGCCCCAGCUGCUCCUGCGCCGCCUAAUAGCACACCCGUGAGACGGAAAACGAGGAGUGCGGUGGGCGAAGGAGGCACGCCGAGCGCCGGGGCGGUGCGGCGGCGGCGCGCGUCCCGCGACGGCAAGUGACGGCGGCGACGCGCGGGCUGUACCGCGCCCUCGCCCCCCCUCGCCUUGCCGCUGCCGUUGCCUCUGCCGCUGCUCUACCCGCUCGAAUGACCCCCUCGCCUCGCCCUGCACCUACACAUCUGCCCGAUCGAGCCGCCUCCGUCGACCUCGUCAGCCGACCGUGCGAGAACGUAUCGUCGAAUGUUCUCGAACAGUUCAGAUGUCGUAUGCAAACAGGGACGGAAUUGACGUCCGUUAGCACUGAAUCUAUUCGAACCGUGGGAUUAGUGAAUAUAUAAGUGAUAAUACAAUACUGUUAGAGGACGUGACGCGACCUCGGUGCCUGGAAGCUGGAAGCGCGACACGAAUGACAAAUGUGGUCAGUUAUCAGGAAAAGUGCUUUUAUCGUGUGCAAAAGUUUUGUGGAAUUUUUAAAUUUUAUGAAUCUCAAGAGUUUGUAAAAUAAAAAAGAAUAUUGUGCAAUAAAAAUGAGAAAGAUAAUCCUUUGAGGAAUAUUAACAGAGUUAAAUAUGUGUGCUUUUUAUACUAUGUAAUUGACGCGGGUGGGUAUGAUAGUUACGUGAGAAGUGUUCAACCUUGUUCCUGAUGCACCGACAGUCAACCCGACCGGGCGCGAGACGUUUUAAGGACUGUUUAUUAAAUUAGUGAACAAAUCAUGUUACCAUUCACUAUAAAGCACUCGACGUUUUGUUGGUAAUUGUAAGUUUAUUUCUUCUAUCGAGUAUUUUUAAGAGCGUCUUUUUACCAUAAGGCUGGACUCAGUAUAGGAGUCGAAAGCCAAAAGUGGAGCCUUAGUUUAGUGUAUA